AUGGCCGCCCCCGCCGUCGCCGCUGCGCCGUCGGCCCGCAAGGGAGAGACCUACACCGACACCAAGCGCCGCGACGACGUCCGCGGCGCCAACAUCGCGUCCGCGCGCUCGGUCGCCGACGCGGUGCGCACCUCCCUCGGCCCCCGCGGCAUGGACAAGAUGAUCUCCUCGGGUGACCAGGAGGUCAUCAUCACCAACGACGGCGCCACCAUCCUCUCGCGCAUGUCGCUCCUCCAGCCCGCGGCCCGCAUGCUCGCCGAGCUCUCCCGCUCGCAGGACGCGGCCGCCGGCGACGGCACCACCACCGUCGUCGUCAUCGCCGGGGCCCUGCUCCGCCGCGCGCAGUCGCUCCUCGCGGCCGGCGCCCACCCCACCGCCGCCGCCGACUCCCUCCACCGCCUCGCGGCCCGCGCCGUCCAGGUCCUCGAGGGCAUGGCCAUCCCCAUCGAGCUCACCGACCGGGACUCCCUCGUCAAGUCUGCCUCCACCGCGCUCAACUCCAAGGUCGUCUCCCAGUACUCCGGCCUCCUCGCCCCGCUCGCUGUUGACGCCGCCCUCUCCGUGGUCGAUCCCGCCCACCCGGAGCUUCUUGAUCUCCGCGACAUCCGCAUCAUAAAGAAGCUCGGCGGCACUGUCGAUGACACCGAGCUUGUCCGCGGCCUUAUCUUUGACAAGAAGGCCAGCCAUGCUGCCGGGGGGCCAUCUAGGAUCGAGAAUGCCAAGAUCGCUGUCAUCCAGUUUCAGAUCUCACCGCCCAAGACUGAUAUUGAGCAGAGCGUCAUCGUGUCAGACUAUGCGCAGAUGGACCGCAUCCUCCGCGAGGAGCGGAAUUACAUCCUAGGGAUGGUCAAGAAGAUCAAGGCUUCUGGGUGCAAUGUCCUCCUCAUCCAGAAGAGCAUCUUGCGUGAUGCCGUGACCGAGUUGUCGCUGCACUAUCUUGCAAAGGCCAAGAUUCUGGUGGUCAAGGAUGUAGAGAGGGACGAGAUUGAGUUUAUCACCAAGACUCUCAACUGCCUGCCAAUUGCCAACAUUGAGCAUUUCCGUGAGGAUAAGCUUGGGUAUGCUGAUGUUGUCGAGGAAGUGUCUGCUGGAGAUGGCAAGAUUGUCAAGAUCACCGGGAUCAGGGACAUGGGGAGGACUGCAACUGUGCUUGUCCGUGGGUCCAACCAGUUGGUUAUUGAUGAAGCUGAUCGCAGUCUCCAUGACGCCCUAUGUGUCAUCAGGUGCUUGGUGAACAAGAGGUUUUUAAUUGCUGGUGGCGGUGCUCCGGAAAUAGAAAUGUCAAUGCAACUGGCUGCUUGGUCAAAGGAGCUCCAUGGGAUGGAGAGUUACUGCAUCAAGGAGUUUGCCGACGCACUUGAGGUCAUCCCUUACACACUGGCUGAGAAUGCAGGGCUCAACCCAAUCGCCAUUGUUACCGAGCUAAGGAAUCGCCAUGCCAAGGGUGAGAAGAACACGGGCAUCAACGUGAGGAAAGGCCAGAUCACAAACAUCCUGGAGGAGAAUGUCGUGCAGCCGUUGCUUGUGAGCACGAGCGCCAUCUCGCUGGCGUGCGAGUGCGUUAGAAUGAUCUUGAAGAUUGAUGAUAUAGUCACUGUAAGGUAA